GUUCUCGACACCAUGGUCUCUGCUAGUACUCUUGUUGGUCUGGCGCUGGUGGCGUCGCAAGUGGCGGCCCACGGCGGCCUCUUUGACCCCAAGCCGACGUUUCUUGAGCCCAAUAGCGACCCGACGCGCUUCUGCGGCACGAUCGAUGGUCCCACGUCGCUGCCUGGCUCGGCAUACAACCAGGACCCGGGCUACAACGCCGCGCAGUUUGCUGCCAACUUCAAAACGAGCAAGUACAAGACGCUCAAGGCGUUCUUGGAUGCGUGGGACACGAGCGCGCAGUGCGGCCAGUGCGGCAUCACCAAGGUCGACGCAGCCAACCCGCAGCCGCUGCCGAGCAUCGUCAAGUGGCGUCACGGAGACAACGAGGGCUUCACGCCGUCCCACGAGGGUCCGUGCGAGCUCUGGUGCGAUGAGACGCGCGUCUACUACAACGACGACUGCGCCAAGAACAUUCCGGACGGCUCGAUGCCCAUCGACACGUCCAAGUGCGCUGGCGCCAAGCAGCUCACGAUGCUCUGGAUGGCGCUCCACACGCCGCAAUGGCAGGCUUACAAAAACUGUGUCGCGAUUGGCAGUGCGGGUCCGAGCCCGUCGACCAGCAAACCGAGCCCGUCGACCAACAAGCCGAACCCGUCGACCAACAAGCCCGGCCCGUCCACGAAGGCCCCUACGCCCGCUCCGACGGCCGAGUACCCGACGGACAAGCCGACCACCGCGCCGACCACGAAGCCAACGACCAAGCCGUCGACCAAGCCGUCGACCAAGCCGUCGAGUAAGCCCACGGACAAGCCGUCCGGCGGCAAGGUUGCUCUCUACUACCAAUGCGGCGGCACCAACUACAAGGGUGACACCCAGUGCGUCGAUGGCGCUCGCUGCGUCAAGUACAACGAGUACUACUACCAGUGCCGCCCCAGCUCGGAGCCCAAGAGCGACUACGAAAGCCUCGAGUCGACGGCCACCGACGAUGACGACGACGAGACGUACGACGACGACGACACGACCCGCCGCCUCCGCCGCGUCUAAGCGGCCAUCUCGUCGUUUCUACAUGUACAUAGUACGAAUGCCGUCGUAAAAAGCACGGCUAACAUGGUUUGUUCUGGUA